AGUAAAUUAAACCAGACAUUUGUGUACACAGCACUCGCUUUGUUUGUACGACGAAAUGUAUAGCAAAGAGGCAAACAAUUCCAAAACUCGAAACUCCACCAAUUAUUUGAUUGUAAUUCGUUCAGCACGAUGGUUAAUCUGUCCUUGGUGAAUACCACCGAAAACAGCGUGACAUUAGGCGUUGGUCAUGUACUCACUUCCGGAAAUGCCAAAGUUAACUUUACUUGGUAUGACUAUAGUCUCUUCUCAUCAAUGUUGUUAUUCAGCGUCCUGAUAGGAAUAUAUUUUGGCUUUAUUAAAAAACAAGCCACCGCCAAUGAUUAUCUUCUUGGUGGCCGGACGAUGAGGCCUGUCCCAAUUGCUAUGUCCCUAGUAGCAAGUCAGAUAUCUGGUGUGGCCCUGUUGUCAAUACCUUCAGACGUUUACCAGUUUGGUAUCAACUAUUGGAUAAGUUGUAUUUCCGUCGCCCUGACCACCAUCAUCAAUGCAUAUGUAUUCUUACCCGUAUUCCACGGGAUGCAGAUUACCAGCACUUACGAAUACUUAAAAGUGCGUUUUAACACCAAGAUUCGUGUAUUGGCUUCGUUUCUUUUUGGUUUAGGUGUGCUAUUGCACCUUCCUCUAGUGAUUUACGUACCGGCGCUUGCUCUGGAACAAGUGACGGAUAUCAAUAUUCAUCUAAUAACACCUGUAAUAUGUGCAAUCUGCAUAUUCUACACAACUAUCGGAGGACUUAAAGCUGUGGUGUGGACAGACAUGUUACAAUUCAGUUUGACAAUCGGCGCCAUGAUUGUUGUCUUCUGUUUGGGACUAGUGUCAGCCGGUGGGUUAGGAAAUGUAUUCAGGAAGUCAGCAGAAGGUGACCGACUUACCAUCGAUUUUGACAUUGAUCCCACACUCAGAGAUUCAUUUUGGGUAAUUGUAGUCGGAUGGUCUUUGAAUAACCUGGCCCACAUGGCCACAUCACAACAUUACGUACAAAAAUUAAUGGCUGUGCCUACUUUAAACGACGCCCGACUGGCGCUUGCAAUGUACAUCUUUGGUGCUGUUCUUGUUAAGACUACAUGUGUUAUAACAGGAUUAAUCAUGUAUUCAAUGUAUGCCGAAUGCGAUCCGAUUACUUCCGGUGUAAUCACCAAACCCGACCAAAUAUUACCGUAUUACGUAAUGGAUGUAUCAGCUGGUAUUCCAGGUUUGCCUGGUUUAUUCAUUGCAGGAAUAUUCUGUGCAUCAUUAAGUACGCUUUCGGCGUCAAUGAAUUGCGUUUCCGGAACAAUCUACGAAGACUUCAUUUCGCACUACAUGCCAAAGAGUGUAACACAACAGACUGUUAGUAAUAUUCUAAAAUGGCUGGUUACUAUCGUCGGGAUUGUGUCCAUGUUGUUGGUUUAUGUUGUUCAACAUCUAGGCAACUUGCUUCCGCUUGUGAUCAGUUUCACAGGAGUUACUUCAGGACCACUUUUAGGACUAUUCACUCUUGGAAUGUUAUUUCCCAAAGCAAAUGCAAAGGGUGCAAUGGUGGGCACUGUGACUGGUUUAAUAUGCAUAUUUGCUUUAUUCAUUACUGUGCAAUAUUACAAAGCAAUGAAAUUGAUAACACAUACGCCAAAAGCAGCAUCAACUGCAGGUUGUACGUUUGAUAUUCUUCCAAAGAACACCACUAUUUUGCUUGACGUGGAUGUACCGGAAGUCCAUUUCAUUUUCCGCAUCUCCUACUAUUACUACACCAUGAUUGGUACAGUUAUUGUGCUAGUUGUAGGAAACGUAGUCAGUUUAUGGACUCAAGAUGAUUCGCCACCGGUACAUCGUGAUCUUUUAUCACCAGUCAUCAGACCAUGGUUACGUGACGAUAAACUCGACUAUUACUCUGUAAAUCGUGCUUUGGACAUGGUAACAUUCGAGAAUCAAGUCAACUCGGACGGAAAAAUCACACAAAAGCCAACAGAACCAAAUGUAAAUUAAAAUUUAGUCAAAUAAAAAUAGAAACUUAAACAAAUCAAA